CGGGUCCAGUCACGACCAAUCAAAUCGCCUGGCGGGUCCUGGACCUUCUGAGUUGUUGUUGUUAUCAGAAGUUAUUAUAGUUUUCCUUAAAUUUUAUUAACAGUCCCGUUACAGCCAGCAUGGCGUCGUUUGUGACCGAAGUGCUUGCUAGCUCCGGCAAACUGGAGAAAGAGGAUCUGUCCAGUAAAAUAAGCAAAAUGUCACGCAAGGUGGAAGACACGAAGGAAGAACUAUGUGACAUGAUUAACAAGAGGUACAGUGACUUCCUGCCCAGUCUGCAAGCAUCUGAAGAGCUGAUGGUGCAGGUGGAAGCUGUCUCCAAAGAAAUGGAGUCUCUUAAAACGUACAUUGAGACUGAGGUGCAGACGAAUUUGCACAUCGCUGUGGCUGAGCAUAUCAAGAUGAAGCAACAGCUGGAGAGAAACACCAUCAUCAUAAAAAUGCUUGAGCAUCUGAAAGAGUUUCACGAUUCAAUGGAGGAGUUCAAUAAAGCUUUACCCGAGAAGAAGUAUGUUGAUGCAGCUAAACAUCUUGAAAGGGCAAGGGGCAGCGUGGAUUCACUGAAGGAAUGGAAAACUUCUAAGACGACCCUGCUCAGUGCUCUCAGCUCUGAGUUGACAGUGCAAAGAGAAAACCUCAUUUACCACCUGGGGGAUGAGUGGAAGCGCCUCGUCAUUUGGAGUUUACCAUCUUCAAAGGAACCUGCAGGUCUGAAGUCCUUCCUUAAGGUGGAGCUGAACCUGAGAAGUGCUUGCAACAAGGAUGAGGAAACGAAACCUCCCGCUCUGCUGCGCUGCGUCCUGCAAGCUCUGGCCAUCCAGGGAGACCUUCAACACAAGAUCAAACUUUUCAGUCAGGUCCUUUUGAAGAACGUGCUGAAGCCACUGGUGAUGUACGCGUCGCUGUCAGUGAGGGUGACGGAGCAGCAGGCGGAGGGAACCACUCUGGCCUUGCACUGUUUGGAGGAGAGCAGCGAGGAGCGAUCCACUCCUUCACAGGUCUACAGCAAGCUGCUCAUUGUACUCACGACGCUGCACACGCACCUGCUAGACGUGUCCAUUGGUGACAGGAAGCUUUCGUCUGACUUGGGGGAGCUGAUUUGGGUGGAACUGUCUCAGUGCAUCAUCCAUGAGUGUUUGGUCUACUCCAUUCCCACCAACAGCAGCCAGCUGGAGAAAUACAACACUGUGAUCAAGGAAACGGAGGAGUUUGAGAAGUCUCUAAAGGACAUGGACUACCUGCAGGGCGAUUCCACAGACCUGCUCAAAUAUGCCCGGGAUGUAAACUGUCACUUCGCCAGCAAGAAGUGCCGGGACGUCAUCGUGGCAGCCCGCAAACUCAUGACCUCCAAGAUGCACAACACUGUCAAGAUCACACCAGACUCUAAGCUGCGUCUCUCCAAGCUCCCUCCUCCGAAGUCAGAGGUGAAGGUGAAGAAGGAGACGACGAAGGAGGAGGCGGCGAUGGAGAACCCAAAGCAGCUGUCUGCGUGGAGCCUGCGUCUGCCGGCCUGUCGCAUCAGCGAGUCGGUGCAGCAGCUCAUGGACCUGGCGCUCAACACCCUGUGUGAAGCCGUUGGAAGCUCCACACAAUGUGCUUUACAGCUCUUCUUUACCGUGAGAAACAUUUUCCAGCUGUUCUACGAUGUUGUGCCCACAUACCACAAGGAGAACCUUCUCAAGUUUCCUCACCUCGCUGCCAUCCAGCACAACAACUGCAUGUACCUGGCUCACCACCUGCUCACCCUGGGCCACCAUUUCAGAACUCACCUGCCGCAGCCCCUCAGCGAGGGAGUGGCAACGUUUGUAGACAUGGUGCCGGGAUUCAGGAAACUGGGGGCCCAGUGCUUCUUAGCACAGCUGAAUGUUCAGAGAGCUGAGCUCCUGGAGAGACUCUCCACGGCUCACAACUUCAGCAACCUGGAUGAUGAAGACAACUACAUAGCAGCUAGUAAGGCAGUGAGACAGGUCAUUCAUCAGUUGAAACAGCUGGGUACAGUUUGGCAGGACGUCCUUCCAGUCAACAUCUAUUGUAAAGCAAUGGGCAACCUCCUCAACACGGCCAUCACAGAAGUCAUCGCCAAAAUCAUGAUGCUAGAGGAUAUUUCCUCUGAGGACGGGGAGCACCUCCACACUCUGUGUCAAAGCAUCAUUGAGGAAGGCCCGCUGGUCUUCAUCCCUCUGGCUGAGGAAAACAAGAACAAGAAAUAUCAGGAGGAGGUGCCGCUCUAUGUGAAGAAGUGGAGCACCUUCAAGGAGCUCGUCAUCGUGCUGCGGGCCAACCUGCAGGAGAUCGUCGACAGGUGGGCUGACGGUAAAGGUCCGCUGGCGAUGGAGUUCUCCAGUUCUGAGGUGAAGAGUCUGAUCCGAGCCUUGUUUCAGAACACGGAGAGGAGAGCUGUGGCUCUGACCAAAAUCAAAUAGAUUCUCGCAAAAACAAACGACCACCAAGAAGAAACUAUAGCACUUUUUCCCUCUGUGGAAAAUACGAGUCACGCCUUUAUUCAUUUCCCUUUUCUGUUAUGCCUGUAAAAUAUAAACAUAUAUGACGAACACGGAGACGUGGUGCAGUCGAGGAGGAUGUAAGCUGGUUGUAAUGAGGGUUCCUUCGUUGACUCCAAUCAUACCGAGAUUACACAAAGGCUUCUUUACAUCAGCAUCCCUCAGCCGUAUAGUAGAGGGGAUUUCACCACGACAAAGCCAAACUGUGGUUGUGUAACCAGUGGCUUCGCCAUCUGUUCCAGUAUUCAGGGUUAACUCAGCUGCAGAUUGUCUUUUCUGUACUACCGUCAUUUAAGGAAACUAAAUGCCUCUAAAUGAUCCCUGGACCUUUCAUUUGUUGCUGCGGAUUUUCAUGUACAAGCCAUUAAACUGACGCUUCCAUAAUGUAUUUAUUGUUUGAUGAAAUAAACCAAAAGAAUUAACUUUUUCAAACUA